AUGGCGUCCAAGGAAACAGAGAAGGACCCCCAGGGCAAUGGCAAGGACAAGUCAGUCAAGGAUGAGCCUGAAGAGGUCCAAGAGAAGUUCUCGCCUGAAGAGGAGGCGUCCCUCCUGUUCGAAGCAAACACCCACAAAACCGAAGCAAACGCCCUCUUCACCUCCUCGCAAUACACCGACGCCAUCGCCAAGUACGAUGAAGCCGUCUCCGUCUGCCCAAACUACCUAGACUACGACCUCGCCGUCCUGCGCUCAAACAUCUCCGCCUGCCACCUGAAGUUAGACCAAUGGAAAGACGCAAUCUCCUCCGCUUCCGCCGCGCUCGACGGCCUAGACCGCAUCGACAAGGAAUCCGCCCUCGAGCAGGAACGUCGCGAGAAGCUCAAGGCCGAAGAGGAAGAGGGCGUGGAAGAGGAGAUUGUAAGCUCGGGUGCUAGCGCCGCUGCCCCUGCGCCGGUGACGACCGCAGAUGAUGCAGAGGAAGUUGCGCGUAGGAAGAGGGCGGACGAUGUCCUGCGCAUCAGAGCUAAAGCUCUCAUGCGGAGGGCGAGGGCGAGGAGCGAAGAGGGCGGGUGGCAGAAUCUCGCGGGCGCGGAGGAGGAUUACAAGGCGCUGGCCAAGAUGGGGAACCUCGCGGCUGCGGAUCGCAAGAUUGUGCAGACGCAGUUGAGGGUGUUGCCGCCGAGGACGAAGGCUGCACAGGAGGCGGAGACGGCGGAGAUGUGGGGAAAGCUGAAGGAUGUGAGUUUUCUGCACAACAAGUGA